AUGGAUAGCGACGGCUUUGUGCCCAUAUUGGCCAUCUUCUAUGCCGUCUUCCACCCCACUGAAGGUACAAAGAUUGUGCACCAGGUUCCUGAAACAGCCAUCUCCCUGGCAGCCAAUUCCACAGGUGCUUCCCUUUUCAACUUCGACACUGUGAAAAACUACGUCAUUCCCAAGCCCCAGUUAUGCAAUAAGCUCAUCUCCUUCAAGAUCGAAAACCUCCAGGUCUUGGGGUACCCGGUCAACAUCGAAGGAAGCCGGUACCUGAGAAACUCCUUCAACUUCAACUUCUGCUUUGUUUUUCCUUACAAUUCCGAUACGACGCCGUACGAACUGGCUAUUCAGCGAAUGGGCAGCAUGUUUCGGGCCUUGGAGGAGCAGUCCUUCAUGCUUAGCAAGCUUGACAAGGAAAUGAUGUUCUUCAGCGAUAAGGCAGCACCUUCAACCGAGAAAACGCAAUUCACGCCGGGCCAAGGAAAAGUGAAAAAGUUCACACUUCUGUCAAUUGAAUCCCUUAUACACCAGAUCUUCCAGGACCUCAACAAUUACUCAGAAUGUUGCAUACCCAUAGACACUUCCAACAGUGUGGACAUCAAGCUUUUCCCUGUUCUACCGCCACCGGUGAACAUAAAGGCAUUUCAGGUGCCCCUCAUGACUGUGAGAUUACACUCGCUUAUAGACGUCAAUUGGGAUCCCACAAUGGUGAAGAUUCUUCCGUUCAUCAACGGACUCAACUCAGUAAAACGUAUUUCCGAGUUGGCCGACGCAGACUACCUUUUGACGAAACAGUGUAUCCAACAUUUGAUGCACUACAGGUGUCUUACCAUCGUCGACAUUUUCCAGUUCAGAAACGUCUACGCACCGACCAACAAUAUUGGUAACUUCCUUACAGCUCCGGGCAUGGCAGAGGAAUGCCAGGCAUACGUUAUCAAAAUCCCCGAUUCGGAGGAUCUGGUAGUUGCAACGCCGCUGGUAUCGGCCACUCCAGCCACUCCAGGUACCCCACGGUUUGAAUCAGAAGGAAGCAAGAGUCUUGAGCCCACAUCAGCAUCGCCCAGCACAUACUUCAAAGGCCCCAAAGGGCGAAUCCACACGCUGUCUCGUCCUAUUCACAUUCCCUCGAAAUCUACGCUUUUUUAUCUCUACCGCCUGUUGAACCAGGGUCAGACAAUCAAAGAGUGGUACAUCCAGCACCAAAAGGCGUUGGAAAACAUAGACGUCAGAAGAUUUAUAAACUUUGGCGUCGUUCGGGGUCUCAUCUACAGACUGCACUCGUAUACAAUAUUACAAUCCGUGACGAAAUUUUUCGAGAAUGAAAAGUCUAACCAGGAUCCAUUAAAUGAGUUAGUGAAGAGCCACGAGAGCCAACUAAGGCGAGCAGCAAAACAACGUGCAAUGUCUCACGCAAGCUCCAAUCAGGAAUUGGGGCUUCUCCGGAGCUCAGUUAAUGAAAGCAAUCUUAAAACUGGAAGAAAAAGCAGGACGGUGAGUUUCCACUACCAGGUUGAGAGGUUCGGCCACAGCGACGAUACGCUCUCGUCAGAUCUGGAGGUUUUCGAAAGUGAUUCAGAUGAUUCAGACGACGAGGAUCCACGUGAGCGGACUAGCCGCCAAAGUAGGUCUGACGAUUCCGAAACUGAAUCAUCUGACGAAGAGGACGAAAACAAGGAGGAGCUUAUUAAAGUGAUCAAGCUCGUGAAGGGCGUUCAACACAUGGAUCUGAUUUGCACAGAAUUGCAGAAGCCGAGGUCUGAAGUCGAGAAGCUUCUCGAUCAUUUAGGCGCUCACUUUGCCAUCAACUCAUGA